GUUGUUAUUUGUAAUCUUGUCUCGAGGAACAGACGCCAAAUGGAAAAAAUGCAAAUGGCACACUUUUCACUUCCAUUUUUUUGUGGGGGUUCUGAUUUCACACUUGAUACUUAACUUUUUUUCACGGAAAUCCUGAAAAAAAAGCAGAACGAAAACCAUUAAGACAGAAGUAACUUCUUUUCAUUCAGCUGUGGUUUUAAAACUCGCUGGUCAUUGUGUUGCAUGUCUACACGAAUUUCUGUGUAUUGCAUGCAUAUAUUUAUUCAAUACAAACAUUUUACACCUUUUUAUACCCACAGAGCUGUGGUGUUUAUCUUAAACUUUGCAACUUUAUAACAGCAAUGACAGAUUGUGUGCUUGGGCAUCUACUUUUUUUGUGUGGAGUCCUUCCAACAGCUCUAACAGCAGUGAUCCAAACACAGCAGACUGUGCUGGCAGCAGUGGGAGAAGAUGCUGAAUUCAGCUGUCAGCUCUUGGAGACUAAAGACGUCCUUCAGGUCACAUGGCAGAAAAUCUCACCUGAUCUGGAGACAAAUGUUGCCACUUACAGCAAGUACUUUGGUCAGAGAGUGCAUGAUGGCUUUAACGAUAAAGUUGAGUUUAAAUAUACUGGACUGCAGAACUGCUCCAUAGUCAUCAGGAAUGUCAUUGAGCAGGAUGAAGGAUGCUAUCGUUGUCUGUUUAACACUUAUCCUGAAGGCUCCUUCACAGGUAGAACCUGCCUCCAAAUCUAUGAGCUGCAUGAACCUGUUGUUGAUGUCAGAGAGUCAAACACUACUGAAGAGUGGGUUGUUUCCUGUUCAGCCACUGGUCGACCUGCUCCCACUGUAACACUCAGUGUCUCACAACAAGACUUCAACUUCUCACAGUACAACACUGUCAGUGUGUCCAACACCAACGCUACAUUCACUGUCACCACUACAGCUGUGCUCUCAGGUUCACGUAAACACAGCACACAGGUGGGAUGUGCAGCACGAGUGCUCUCUGCUCCUCACAGAGAGGUGAUGGUGACGAUUUCUGAGGUCCAGCAGGAGUAUGCUGCUGCUACUGCUGAUUAUAAUGAUUCCACCUCAGCCAUUGUGAUAGCUACAAUAGCAGGACUGACAGUCUUUUUGCUUUAGUAGCUGCUCUCAUUGCACUCCUGCUUGAGGAAAAAGUGGCCUCUACAGUCACCGGAUCUCAGUCCUUUAGAGCAGCUGUGGGAUGUAUUGAAACAGGAGAUCAUCAUCCUGUGUGUGGAGCAGACAAAUCUUCAGCAACUGUGUGAUGCUAUCACCUAUCCUAUCAUUUGUGUGUGUAUGCUAAAUCCUCACAUGAUAAACUAAUGGUGUUUUACCAUUUUUCAUUGUGUAGUCAGAUGAAACCAUUGGAAUAGGUUUUUGAAUUAUGUAGGAAAUUUAUCUCAGAAGAUGUGAUCGGCAAACUGGUCCCCUCAAAAAGCAAAACGUCAUCCAAUGUAAAGUGUGUCUUUUCCUUUUAAUUCAUUAAGCAAUAAAAAAAAUCUGGUGAUCACAUAGCACCCCUCCUCUUCAGUCUUUCAGUGUGGAUCUCAUCAAUUCCACUUCCUGUUUCUAAACAUAAUGACCACAUAGAAAGCACAGCCUUGUACUUCUAGUCACAUGAAAACCUUUUCAGUUUUUUUCUCUUCCUGUUAGUUCCAUUUUUUGAGGUCAAACCCUCAAAACUUUAGUUAAACCUUCUUCAGUCUCUUAUACCUGCUAAAAACCAAAUAGUGUGACCUUUUCAUAAACAGCCUGUGGUAUAAUUUAGGCUAUAUUUUAUGGAUGUGAAUACAUUAAAGCAUUUUACACUUAAGUGCUGUGCUGCUGUCAGUGUUAAUUUUCUUUUUAUAAUGUUCGUAUUUCUGAUAUUUGUACUUUUUAUACAGGAUUUGUGUUUAUCUGUGUCCCUGUCUUGAUUUGAAAGUCACACUGUGAGUACAGCAUAACUCAAAUGUUAUUGUUUUUGCACAUUAUCAAUGGGCUUUUCAAUCCUGCAUGUUGUGUGAGAUACUUCCUGGGUUCAGGAUGCAGCAGUUGCUGUUCUUGCCUUUUAUGUGAAGCUCCUCUUAGGGAAAUAUAGCCUGACAAAGUAGGACUAUCAUAAUGAUUUAUUUUAAUGCACAAUAAUUUCAGUGAAUUAAAAAGCUGAACUAUCAUGUCA